AUGGAGGAUUGCAAAGAGGCUGCCACUCUAAUUGCUACAAACUGCCUUAUAGAUGCAGAUGAAGCUAAAAACCAAGUUGAUUCAACCAAAUAUAGAGGGUUAAUUGGUUCCUUGCUAUAUCUAACUACUAGUAGACUGGAUAUACAGUUUGGUGUUUGCUUGUGUGCAAGGUUUCAAUCCAAUCCAAAGGAAUCGCACUUCAAUGCUGCAAAACGGAUUCUCAAGUAUCUGAAAGGGACAACAAAUGUUGGAUUAUGGAAAAGCACAAGUGGUACAUGCCAUCUACGUGGAUCAAGCCUAAUCUCAUGGAAUAGCAAGAAGCAAGCAUGUGUAGCACUCUUUAUAGCUGAGGCUGAGUACAUAGCAGCUGGACAUGCAUAUCAUGUGUAUAUCGCAUUUAAAGUGGUGAAAUCUGCAUAA